AAAACGGCAUGGAAUAACCGGACAAAAAUGAGAAAACGUUCUCGUGAGCCGACAGGGACAGGAUCCACCUUUCCACCCGAGAAUACCGCGUUAUAUGUCAGAAAAUACCUAAGACGAAAAGAGGAAGCAAAAACCAAUAAUCGAGUAUCACUUUUAUACGACUGUCAAGGAAAAGAAAAGUCGCUAUUCUGUUCAAGAGACAUCGGUUCUGGUGCGUUGAACUCGUACGCUUUGGGGUAUUUUGGAAGGGUUGACAUUUAUUAAUGUUCCCUUAGAAACUGGACAUCUGUCAUUGCUGAGAAGAUUCGCUAAGACUGAUUCCGAGGGACUUCUGAAGAAUUUUUAGUUUGCAUUUAUAAGUUUCCUGAUAGAACUCUGUAGCUGUUGUAACAGUUUUCUUCUGUCGAUCAAGCACUACUGACUGUGCUUAGACUACAAUUAGCUGCAUGUCUACAAAAAUGGAACAGCCGUUUUAUCAUGACGACUCAUUCAUCUCAUCUUACGCUAACUCGGACACGGCUCUGCACGAGUACAAACUCCUGAAGCAGAAUAUGGGUAUGAACUUGGCCGAGCCUUACCGGAGCCUCAAGUCCCAGCUGCGUGCCGAGGCGGACUAUUACCAGUCGACAAACCCAGAGAUUGGGUCGCUAAAGCUGGCCUCUCCAGAGCUGGAGAGACUGAUCAUCCAGAACAGCAACGGCGUCAUUACCACUACACCUACCCCGAGCCAAUAUUUCUACAGUCGGGGGAUCACGGAUGAACAGGAGGGCUUCGCUGACGGUUUUGUCAAAGCGCUGGACGAGCUCCACAAAAUGAACCACAUGCCCCCGCCCAACGUGUCUCUGGGAGCCUGCGGUGUGACGACGUGCACGGCGGCGGCCUCUAGUGUCUUCGGCUCCUCCCUGCAGCCGGAACCUCCCGUUUACACAACACUGAAUGCUCCGAACACUACCCUCGCGUCUGUAUCCAGCUACCCCACAGCCACCAUCAGCUACCUGCCAACACACCAUCAGCAGCAACAGCACCAUCAAACAACGACGCUUGCAUCGGGCCACUUUCAGCACUCUUUAACCGGCGCCGGCCUGCAUACGCCGCGGCUCGUUUCACUGAAAGAAGAACCACAGACUGUUCCAGACCUGCACAGCAGCGACGGCUCGCCACCAAUGUCGCCCAUUAAUAUGGAAAACCAGGAGCUAAUCAAAGCGGAGCGGAAAAGGCUGAGGAACCGCUUGGCGGCGACGAAGUGCCGACGGCGAAAGCUCGAGCGCAUCGCCCGUCUGGAGGACAAGGUGAAGGUCCUGAAGUCGGACAAUGCCGGACUGUCCAGCACCGCUUCUCUCCUGCGAGAACAAGUCGCACAGCUCAAACAGAAAGUCAUGACGCACGUCAGCAGCGGAUGUCAACUAAUGCUAGCGAGCAAGAUGGAGUCGUUUUAAAUGGAGAAACGAUCAAAUGAACAUUGUUUUAAAAGAACACUGGAAGACUAUCCUGUUCCUAAUGUACGUUUUGUUUAUUGUAAAACAAAAACACGACAUCACUGGAUUAUUACUGAUAAUGAAAAAUUGAGCCAUGUGUAUGUUUCAUUUUGAAAAUGAACGUUCUUUCAUGUCUUAUAAUUUGAAGUAUGGGUAGCUUACAUAUUUGUAUGGAUUGUACAAUGGUACUUCCGGUCACGAUGCACUGGGACCAUGUUAAUUGUAAAAUGUAGGCUAAAGCUGUGGAGUAGUCUCAUGUCCAGGACUGACUAGUCAGAAACACUCGGAACGAAUAUUUUCAAGUGGGAAAUGAGUAUUUGACUAGUUUCUGUAUUGGGUGAUGGUUUGGGAGGGAUUGAGGGGAAUGGGGUGCUUUGUUCAUUUUGAAAUACUUUUGAUAUUGUCAUGCAAUGCUGCAUUCCAAAUAAUUAAGUUAUUCUGUAUUUGUCAGGUUGAUCCCGACGAACCUUUAUGAUGUCAUAUGUUUACUUUUUGUGCACAAUAUAUUUAAGUAAAAUCUUAAAAUUUUGAUUCAA